ACAUGGUUCCCGUAGAGCAGCUGCUCCAGGAUGGAGGUUUUCCCGACCGAGGCCUGCCCGCACACCACCACCUUGCAGCUCUUGCCCAUCCCGCCUCACCCGGGCGGGGGCGGCCGAGCCUCGGCGCCGGCGGCGGGAGGGACGCGGCGGCACCACAGCGCCCCCCUGCGGGCGGGCGGACCGCGAGAGCCAGCGCCGCCCUGCGGCGGGAAGGGGCGUGGUCGACAUAAGCCACGCCUACCACCGGGUCAAGUUCCGCCCUCCUCCCGGUACCGGCCCCUCCCGAUGCCGCCGCCCGGCUCCUCCGCGGGCGCCCCCUGCCGGUCGGGCCCCGCCCCGCCCCACCGGCGGAGGCCCCGCCCGUUCCGGCCCUCGCCCCGCCCGCCCCGGUCCGGCCCAGCCCCGCGCGGUAAGAUGGCGGCGGCGGCGGCGGCUGAGGCCGAGUGCGAUGUGGUCAUGGCGGCGCCCGACGGGCCCGGCGAGACCGACAGCGACGAGGAGGCGCGCAGAGAAGCAGAAGCAUUCAAGGAGCAGGGAAACGCAUACUAUGCCAAGAAAGAUUACAACGAAGCGUUCAACUACUACACAAAAGCCAUAGAUACAUGUCCCAAUAAUGCCAGUUAUUAUGGGAACAGAGCUGCCACACUCAUGAUGUUGGGGAGGUUCCGAGAAGCCCUGGAGGACGCUCAGCAGUCAGUCAGGUUGGACGACAGCUUUAUACGGGGCCAUCUCCGGGAAGGGAAGUGCCACCUUUCCCUAGGGAAUGCCAUGGCUGCCAGCCGCUGCUUUCAACGAGUUUUAGAACUGGAUCAUAAGAAUACCCAGGCACAGCAGGAGCUGAAGAAUGCCACGACUGUGCUUGAGUAUGAAAAAAUAGCUGAAGUGGAUUUUGAGAAACGGGAUUUCAGGAAGGUUGUGUUUUGCAUGGAUCGUGCUUUGGAGUUUGCUCCCGCGUGUCACCGGUUCAAAAUCCUCAAGGCCGAGUGUUUGGCGCUGCUGGGCCGGUACCCCGAGGCACAGUCUGUGGCCAGCGAUAUCCUGCGGAUGGACUCGACGAACGCCGACGCGCUGUACGUGCGCGGGCUGUGCCUGUACUACGAGGACUGCAUCGAGAAGGCCGUGCAGUUCUUCGUGCAGGCCCUCAGGAUGGCCCCCGACCACGAGAAGGCCUGUCUUGCCUGCCGGAAUGCCAAAGCACUUAAAGCGAAGAAGGAAGACGGGAAUAAAGCAUUCAAGAAAGGCAACUACAAACUAGCGUAUGAACUGUACACAGAGGCACUAGGAAUAGACCCAAAUAAUAUCAAAACAAACGCCAAACUCUACUGCAACAGGGGGACGGUUAAUUCAAAGCUUAGGAAACUUGAAGAAGCAAUUGACGACUGCACGAAUGCAGUGAAGCUGGACGACACGUACGUCAAAGCCUACCUGAGGAGGGCACAGUGUUACAUGGACACAGAGCAAUAUGAAGAUGCUGUAAGAGACUAUGAGAAGGUUUAUCAGACAGAGAAAACAAAAGAACACAAGCAGCUCCUAAAGAAUGCACAAGUGGAACUGAAAAAGAGCAAACGGAAAGACUACUACAAAAUCCUGGGGGUGAACAAAAACGCCUCUGAAGAUGAGAUCAAGAAGGCUUACAGGAAACGAGCACUAAUGCACCAUCCAGACCGACACAGUGGAGCAAGUGCAGAAGUACAGAAGGAAGAAGAGAAGAAAUUUAAGGAGGUUGGUGAAGCCUUUACCAUCCUGUCAGAUCCCAAGAAGAAGGCCCGCUAUGACAGUGGGCAGGAUUUGGAAGAGGACGGAUUAAACAUGGGAGAAUUUGAUCCAAAUAACAUCUUCAAGGCCUUCUUCAGUGGGCCAGGAGGCUUCAGCUUCGAAGCUUCUGGGCCUGGAAAUUUCUUUUUCCAGUUUGGCUAAGAAGCAAACAAACACAAAUCAAACCACACAUACCUGAUCUGCUUCUUUUAACCUCGAAUACGGACAGCCCCAGACUCCUCCUCCAUCACGUCUCGUUGUCCUUAGAGCAGUUUCAUUUCUGGGUUGGAGCCUCUGUUUGUGUGUUGUGUGUGUGAAGAGGAAACCAGCUCGGGAGGGGAAGGCUUGUGAACUUUGUUUUACUGUUAACUUUAUUAAAAAAAAAAAAAAAAAUAAAGCUUUGAAUCUUUUGGUCCCUU